AUGGCCACCAUGCAAUUCUUCACAGGCGCGCCCGGUUUUGUGGAUGGUAAGAAGAAGGAAAUCAACAAAGCAGACAGAGAGAUCACAGAAAUGGUCCGUGAAAGCGCCCACCAAACUGCGAAAUCACUGUUGUCGUCUCCUGCGCGCUCACAGUUGCAGUCACAGUCGCCGUUGUCUCCUUCCAAACAUGACCAGACCAAGUCCAUUGGCGAAACCCCUCGGCUUGAUACCCCCGAGAACCUCCAAGCCGACCUCGAAUAUCUCUAUCUCCUGCAGACCUCUGCUCCUUCCUCGUCUUUACCGCCUUCUGCCUCCUUUCACCUCGCCCCCGAUGCCCUCGGUCGCCUCGAACUACUCCUCGCCCAUAUCCGCGUCGCCCGCUUCUCCUACGACUUUGUCACCCAGUCCGCCCAUAUCAUGAUGGUCGAGACCACCAUACACAGCCAGUGUAACCGUGCUAUUGGAAUCCUCCUCGAGAGCGCUAUUGAGAAGCUCGCUGACGCCGUCACUGCUGCUGCUGCCGCUGCUCCUGCUACCGCAUACGGGCCUCAAUUGGGCCACGACAACGACGCCGGCACCGAGAACCAGAACGAGCAGAACGAGCAGAACGAGCAGAACGAGCAGAACGAGCAGAACGAGCAGAACGAGCAGAACGAGCAGAACGAAUCCCUUCAUAUCCUCUCCAGACGUCUUCGACAAGUCUGGAGCGACAAUGCCGUCAGAAUCGUCGUUCCCAACAAGCUCAGGAAGGAUCCCGACAACCAGUUCAUCGAUAAUGAGGCCGCCUCCCCUAUUCCUCCUUUCGUUGUCGAAAUCUCCUACAGCCAGUCGCUCAAGGACGCCAUGAAAAAGGCCGAGCUGUACGUGGAGCACACCAACGCCCACGUCCGGACGGUCCUUAUCCUCGACAUCCAAUACCCCAACAUCUCGUCCAUCCGUGUCCACCUGUUUGCAACGGAAAUGACAGCCGCCGGCCGACCGGUUCUGCACGAGGUCCAGAGCCUCACGCUGUUCGAUUUUGCUGAUGCCACCGCCGCCGCCGAGCACGAUCACGAUGCCGCUUCCCCAAACCCUGGCCCUCUCCGCCUGUUUGCCUCCGACUUUCUCUCCGUCGAUGCUCACGUGCCAGCCCGGCUGAAGCGCCCCAUUCCGUUUGAGGGCCAUGGAGACGAGUACGUCAUGUCUCUGCACUGGCUCUGUCCCUAUGUGUUUCAUCCUGCAGGCUUUGCUAACUGA